AAAUGAAGAAAAUCUCUGCAAUAAAGGCCCACCAGACCACCACUGUUGGUCUGUCCUGGGAGAUGUCAGCAUGGAGAAUUUCACUGAAGUGACCGUAUUUGAGUUGAAGGGAUUUACGGACAAUCCUGAGCUACAGAUCAUUUGCUUCUUCCUUUUUCUAGCAGUUUACCUUCUUACUCUCAUCGGAAAUUUAGGGCUGAUUGUGCUGGUCAUUGAGGAUUCCCGGCUGCACAACCCCAUGUACUAUUUUCUGAGUGUCUUGUCUUCUGUGGAUGCCUGGUAUUCUUCUGUUAUUACCCCAAAUAUGUUGGUCAAUUUCAUGUCAAAGAAGAAAGCCAUUUCAUUCCUUGGGUGCGCAGCACAGAUGUUUCUUGCUGUAACGUUCGGGACCACAGAAUGUUUCAUCUUGGCAGCAAUGGCCUAUGACCGCUAUGUAGCCAUCUACAACCCCCUGCUGUACACGGUGAGCAUGAGGCCCAGGGUCUAUGUGCCACUCAUAGCCGCGUCCUACCUCGGGGGGCUUCUGCAUGCCACCGUGCACACGGGGGCCACUUUCAGCCUGUCCUUCUGUGGACCUAAUGUCAUCCAACACAUCUUCUGUGACAUCCCUGCUCUGUUCGCAGUUUCCUGCUCUGACACUCACAGAAACCAGCUUCUACUAUUUUACAUUGCGGGCUCCAUUGAGAUAUUCACUGUACUGAUCGUCCUGGGAUCCUACGGUUUCAUUCUGUCAGCUAUUCUCAGGACACACUCUGCAGAAGGGAAACGGAAGGCCUUUUCUGCAUGUGGCUCUCACCUCACUGCAGUGUCCAUUUGCCACGGAACUCUUAUUUUCAUGUACGUGAGACCGAGUUCCAGCUACGCCUUGGAGAAGGACAUGGUGGUGUCCAUGUGUUACACCAUUGUGAUUCCCAUGCUGAACCCCAUCAUCUACAGCUUGAGGAACAAGGAUGUCAAGGAAGCAAUGCAAAAAGUGUUUGGGAAAAAUAGUUCAUGA